AAGUUCACUUUGUUGUCAAAUUUUUUUCUCGAUGAUUUGGAAAUAAGCGUCCUAAUCAUUUUUUUAAACUGUUUGAAAGAAUCUAAAGAGUAGUAAAGUCAACUAAGACUUAAUAUUAUAUGUCUAAUGAUUAAUAAUUGUUUUGAUGGCAUCAGCGGUCAAAAAAAUGAAACCUGAAGAGAAAAGUUUGGCUGAUUUAAUAGAUAAAUUUGAGCUCAUGAUACAACAUUUAUCGGGUACUGAUCUCAUUAACCUUUCGGAAACUAGUAAAGAAUGGUAUAAAACCAUAGCAUACUCUCCCGAAGCAAUACAAAAAAUUCAGCUUGUCAUCGAUGAAGAUUGGGGACACGAAUUCGAGUUUGAUGAUGUGAAAGACAGUUAUCGUGGCUACAGAUCUAUUAAAAUAAAAAGUUUACUUCGACGUCGUUGUCAAGUAUUACAAACAAUAAUACAUUUCGGCGAUCAUCUUACUCAUCUCUCAACAUCAUUCGAUUUCCACAUGGAAGGAUACAAACUACCGAUGCUGAAAUUCUUAGAAUUUCGUUUGUUGAACAACUCGCCAAUGCUUGAGGAUGGAUUAUUGAGUAGUGUCACAACCCUUACCAAAUUAGAGGUUUCAGGCAGUGUAAUUCUUCCCCAGUAUGUUGUGGCAUGUUUACAUUCGAAUCCAGAUCUGGAAACUUUAAUAAUCGAAUAUUGCGUGGAAAAAGUUUUCAGCUUUAUGUUUACUCCCAUCAACAUCAAAUUGAAGACUUUGAAAGUUAAUAAAGCAUGCUUUAGCUUUCCUAAUACCAACAAAUUUCAUGAUUUCGUCAUAAGUCAAGCUUCAACACUUGAGGAAUUGAAAAUUUUAAAUUGCGAAGUCACAUCACUUCGUUUGCUUUUAGAUUCUUUAAACAAUUUGAAGUGCCUUACUUUCAGUCCAUGUAAAGGCAUGGUUUAUGAUUGUUUACGAUUCUCAACAUAUAGUCAACUUACGGAUUUGAAUUUAAUUGGAGUAACAGCUCCAGUUCUCGAUGUUCUGCUCUUAAGCUUUCCAAAUCUUUAUAAACUUUACAUCGCUGAUCCAACGAUUCAAAUGAUUUCAUCCACGUUUUUAUUGUCUGAAGAACUUCGCGAAUUUAAUUAUGCUUUCGUUAGAGGUGGCGAUUAUACAACAGCUGAUAUUUUGGAACUUUUUUUUAAUGAAAAAGAAAGAAAUCAUCCAAAAUUCAGUUACAAAUUGCAAUUCAUUCAACAGAUUUAAAUUUAAGAAUGAAGAAUUUAAUAUGAAAAUUAUUUAAGCAACUUUGAAAACUUUGUAUGUUCUCAUAAAUAUAUUUUCUGUUAAAUAAAUCUCAUGUUAUCAUCUCA